AUGGACGUUCCAAUCCGGAAUGUUUUUAAGCAAUGUCCUAAUCACCGAUCAAGAACUGUGUGGUCUGCUGUUUGCCUGUCCAUUUGCAACUCUCAAGAGUUUAACCUGCUGCAUAAAGGUUCAUCAGUUUCACUUACCAGAUUCACCAGUAACAGAAAACCGGUCAAUUAUCAAAUGAAACCUGCUGCGCUUUUUAUGCCAUCGACACGAUUUGAUCAGCUUGCAGAACACUAUUUUUCAUCGUGA